GCCUACUGUACCUCUCGUAAUGGUACAACCCAAGUUUCUCACGGAAACUGUUGUUGUUUACAGUUUUGCGCUUAUCCUGCAGCCAUGAGUAUGCUCAGGCUCCAGAAGAGGUUGGCAUCCAAUGUCUUGCACUGUGGCAAAAAGAAAGUGUGGUUGGACCCAAAUGAGACCAAUGAAAUUGCCAAUGCAAACUCCAGGCAGCAGAUUCGUAAGCUGGUGAAGGAUGGUCUGAUCAUUAAAAAGCCUGUAACAGUUCACUCCCAUGCCCGCUGCCGCAAGAACACACUGGCUCGAAGGAAGGGCCGCCACACAGGCAUUGGUAAGAGGAAGGGCACAGCAAACGCUCGCAUGCCAGAGAAGCUGUGCUGGAUGAGACGGAUGCGGAUUCUGCGCAGGCUGCUCACACGCUACAGAGAGGGCAAGAAGAUCGACCGACACAUGUACCACAUCCUGUAUCUGAAGGUAAAGGGAAAUGUGUUCAAGAACAAGCGGAUCUUGAUGGAACAUAUUCACAAGCUCAAAGCGGACCUGGCUCGCAAGAAACUCCUGGCUCACCAAGCAGAAGCUCGUCGCUCUAAGACGAGAGAGGCCCGUAAACGUCGAGAAGAAAGACUUCAGGCCAAGAAGGAAGAGAUCGUCAAGAACCUAUCCAAAGAAGACGAGACCAAAACCAAAAAAUAAGUUUCUCCUUUCAAUUUCCUUCUACAUGUAUUCAAUUCAAUUCAAUUCAAAAGCUUUAUUGUCUGUCCCAAAUAGGGUAGAAAAUUGUCUUUAGACAAAAGGCUCAACACACAAACAAUACAAAUAAUCAUCACAACAACACUUUACAUUACAUACAUCACUUCACAACUAUAAUAAUACAUAAAAAAUUCAUUUUAAGAUCCAUUUUAAAAUACCAAUCGCAGUUGGGAUAAAGGUCUUCUUAUACUUGGCCCUUUUCACUGAAGGCACUUUAUACCGUAUACCAGAGGGAAGUAACUGGAAAGAACUAUACAGGGGAUUCAAUUCAAUUCAAUUCAAUUUUAUUUGUAUAGCGCUUUUAACAAUGAACAUUGUCUCAAAGCAGCUUUACAGAACAUAAGAAACAAAAACAUGCAAACAGUCCUAGAUGAGAAGAGUCUACCACAAUAACAGAGGCUUUCCUUUUUAAUGCCACAGUAAAGAGAUCAGUGAGAGGUGUUUGUCUCUCACCAAAUAUUUUACUCGCCACAUUUAUAAUCCUGAAAAGUUUGUUUUUGCUCUGUUAUACAAAAUAAAAUGGUUAAAAUAAA